AACCAACAACAAACACACACCUUUCUGAAAGCCAAGAGUCGAAGCAUGAGUCGUUUCUGGACUUUGCUCACUGCCCUUCAUUCACUAGCUGGGCCUUUGGUGAUGUUGCUGUAUCCAUUAUAUGCAUCGAUCAUGGCAAUAGAGAGUCCAAACAGGGAAGACAAUGAACAGUGGCUUGCUUAUUGGAUUCUUUAUUCAUUGCUGACUAUAACAGAGAUGGUGUUUGAAUCGGUCCUAGAGUGGAUACCUAUAUGGUGCUGGGUGAAGCUAUUGUUCAUGUCAUGGCUGGUUUUACCACAUCUUCGGGGAGCCUCUUUCAUAUACGAAAGGUUGGCGAGGGAACAGAUGAUUAAAUAUGGAAUUUUGAGACGCCAUUCUCCUGAUGGAAAGGGCAAAUAG